AUGGCAUCACAUAGAAACGAGUUUCUGAUAUAUAGAUGAUAUAUAUGGCUUUUAUUAGCCAAUGCAAAAAUUUUAAGAGAAAAGUUCUCCUUUGUUUACCCAAAUAUUCAAAAAUGGAUUUUAAUAUUAAUGGCAUCAUCUGACGAACUUUUAGAUAAGGAAGAAGAAGUUGUACCCUCCCUUGAUUAGCAAGCAAUACUUUUAUUUUAAAAAUUUCUUUCUGGUUUUAAAAAAUUAAUAAAAACUAGUUUAAUAUAUAAAUGCACAAUUAAAAAUCUUAGUUAGGCCCUACAUCUGAGCUCAGUGAGAGAAGUCCAUGACUUCUUGAGAGUCUUAACUCAAGAGAAUAGUUCUACAUGAGUCUAUUAUAGAUCAGAGCGGUCCAAGGGACUGCAGACAGAAACAGUUUGACGGUUAGGCCCGCCCACUUACCGUUAUUCCAAGCUGAGGCCAAGAAGUACGGGACUUGAAAAGUUAUUUUAAUAUAUAAAUAAAUUUUAACAGUAGCAAUCUGUUUAAAAUUUUAUAUAAUUUUAUAGAAAUUUCAUUAUUACAACGAUAGUUAUUGCGGAUUUUAAAAUUUUUUAAAAUAUAUUUUUGCUCGCUAAUAAAGGGCUAUAGUUUUCCUAAAGAUAGGGUUUGCUCUUUAAUAAGGGGAUUAAGGAUAAAUUAGAGCUAUUUCUAUGAAAAUUGCUGUGAAAAAUGCUGUGGGGCUUCAAGAUUUGCGAUCAAUGAUGAAGAGCUGCAUGCUUUGAAUGUUUUAAGGAGGAGAGCUAGAGUAAAAUAUAAUAGAGCCAAUUCUUUGCAUUCUGAAACGCUAAAACAACUUUGGAUGGUGACCUUUCCUGGGCAAGAAAUGCUAGAAGACCUUAUAUCUGACCAGUGAAAGUCAAUUGGGUUCCAAGGAAAGGAUCCUGCAACUGAUUUCCGUGGGGCUGGAUUAUUUGGCUUAACCCAGCUUUAUUAUAUGGCAUCUCAUUAUCCUCAGGAAUACAAAAAUAUUUUGGACAAUUCACAUGACUAUAGUUUUGCUAUUUCUGCUUUAAACGUGACUGUAAUUUUUAUAUAUUCCAUAUUAUUAUAAAAAUAAUUUAAUGGCAAAUUCUAUUAAUUUUAUUAUAUAAUAAUAUAAUUAUGAGAAAUCCGAUAUUGGUAAAUAUUCAUAUAUAGAAAAUAUAGCGCUUUUGGCUUCAUGCUAAAUAAUCAUUUACUUUUGAUAGUGCAAUAUUCCUGUGGAAAGUUUUUGAUAGUGAGGUAAUUUAUUGGCCAAAUAGUGCGACCAAACUUUUUUCGAUGAAAUGCAAUCUAUCAAAAAGUACAAGAUUAUUGGAAAUGCAACCAGCACUUUUAUAUGUAUUUUUUCCAAAUUUUCUCAAGAAAUACAAUUGUUAUGAAUGAUAGAAGAGCACCACCAAGGGUAAUGAAAGCAUUUUGUGCAUUAAAUGCGCAGGAUCAAAGUGCAAUUGACGAACUCAUAUACAUAAAAAUGGCGUGGAGAACCAACCUGCCCACUCAACUUCUGUAGCCGGACGGGAGUGUGGGAACCUUGUGGAAGGGAGAGUAGCAUUCAGUAUGUGUAUCGGCCUGGCUUUGCUUGGUCUUGUGGAGCGCAAUGUCGCCUAGCCCACCCUAGGCUCACAUUCAGGGCAACGUUUACCCUUAGGAGGACGGAAAUUAAAGUUGGAAAGAGAUAGCCCAGAAAAACUAGAGGGCGUUCGCUUGACCAAUCGGACAUGUCUUUCAGUGCUAUACUGGGAGUUGUGCCCUGGGCUGCAAGUUUCAUCUGGGUCGAUAGCCAAACUAGAAAAUUCGCUUUUCAAAUUUUCGGAAAAGUCAACCUCGUCAACUAAUUGCACGAUGACCUAGCGUCUCUACCUCCGUUUAGCAAGUGCACGCUCUUGUCCGAAGGUAGCAGCGCAAUCCUUAGGCCGUGGAAUCAGACUGGACAACAAGGGGUGGUGCGAAGAAAGUGACGUGAAAAGCUUUUUCAAGCUUGCCGGAGCUUCUCUAUAAUAAUUUUAUCAAUAAAUGUAAUUGACGAACUCUAUGUAGCAACUGUUAUUAGAAUGCACAAAGAUUGGAUUGAAAUUUCGAAAAGUAAAAAUGUGACUAUAAUGGAUUUUAGAAGGGCAAUUGAUAGCUCCACAACGCAUAUGGAAGGCAUCUUAAGGGGAAUGCCAGAAAACAUGUUGGAAUUGAAAAGACUUUCAUUCAAUAGUUAA